AUGCACCGUUUGGACAUUCAAAACCUUCGAGGCUACUGGCAAUGUACAUUCUACACUCCCUGUUCCCUUCACCCAUUGACAGUCAAUAGCUUCGUACCUCUCGUGCCAGAGAAACAUACUUCGUUUGCGAGUCGGAUAUCCAUGACUCAAGACAACACGAUGGACCUUUUCAAGUACUUGAACGCCGAUCCAUCUUUCAUUACGAACUUGCUUGGAAGACCAGACUAUUGGGCGCCGCAAACACGCUGGACGUCCGAUAGCAAUAGCAAGAUAUUGGCCUGUGGUCCGAUACAUCUGUUGCCCUUGAUCAGUCGACAUGGGCUGACAUCCACAGACUUUUACUGUCAACACCCCCGCUGGAACUUACAUUUUCAAGGGGCACCUUUAUCGGUAUAUCUGCGCUACGAUGCGGCGUUGCGUCUCACAAGCUACAUCAUAUCCCACAAGGAAGGGGACUCGAAUAUCCAAGCGCUGCAGAAUAUAUUCAACCUCGCCAUCAAAACGGCACCGGCAGAGCAAGGAACACGCAUCCUGCUCGACGAUCCGUUUGACCUCGCCGUCAUCCUGUCCACCUUAAACUUCGAGGCCUCGAAAUAUCACGCGCAACGAUUCCGGCGAUACAUGUGGACCCAGAUCAACAAGGUCGACGACCAUCUCGCGGGGCUCGAAACCAACGACCGCCGCAAACUCGGGGAACUGACAAAGGAGCUGCAAAUCAUCUCCCAAAACGCGGACUCGCAUCUGGGCAAUGCGGACGUCGCCAUCAUCACAGCAACUGGCAUCCGCACGGCGCAUGCUCGCUUGCAUGAAGCCAUGGGCAGCCCGGCUCGGGUGUUUGAGCGCGCGUCUGACUCGAUCACAUACGUUAUCGAGUCCAUGCAGAAGCAGAAGAUAUGGUUUCUCAACUACAAGAACCGUAAAGACAGCACGAUGGCGUUGGUGUAUAACCUUGUGACGCAACAGGAUGCUGCCAGUAACAUACAAUUGGCGGCUAGUUUGAAACGAGAUAGUACCAGCAUGAACGCGAUUGCUGCGUUGACGAUGGUCUUUCUGCCCGGGACAUUCAUCGCGACAAUCCUAGACAUUGGGAGCUUCAACGGCAGUGGUGAUAACAAAGGGUCUGAAUCGACAUCGGUAUGGUGGCUAUGGGCUGCAAUAACAGUGCCUCUCACGCUGGUUGUCAUGACCAGCUGGUGGCUCUAUAAGAAGCGGAACGAUAAGGUGCGCCCAGCACCGAUGCCUAAGGAGGAGGAAGAUAGGAUUCCACCGACCAAGAGGGGAACGUUCCGCUCUAUGAGUUUCUCGUCAUGGAGUCGACGAGACAGUGCCGCUGCCAAGGUCUGA